AUGUCGGACUCGACAGUUCAGACAGAUCAGAAGCCAAACGAGGCUGGAGCAAGUAAACGAGCCCCGAAGCCUCCUGCUUUCACAUGGGACAAGAAUCAAAUCGACGGCUGCAUAUCAUCUAUAUUCGAACGAGAUGUGCAAGAAGAUAUAGUGCCAGCACAGGCAUCGCCUUCGAUACCUGCGCAUAUUCGAACCGAUAACUAUAUUCCACCUGUCCUGGAAGCAUCCUCGGCCGCGAUCACAGAUGAUCGCCUCGAUCCAGAUUCGGUUGAGAUUGUCACGCAUAACCUACAUCAAUCAGCGGGUGGUCCAUCGGGGGAGCAGUCGAUGUCGUCUUCAGGCAUCGAUCAUAUCUUGGGCCAGGCCGAUGGAGAUGAACCUUCGUCCAGUUUUGGGGCACUGGACACGACAGAUGUACGUCGGCUGAGCUUUAUUUCCUUUGCCGACGUUGUCAACGCCGAGCAUGCAGAAACAAAUGAAGCUCAUCUUGGCGUAAUGUCUCGGGAGCGCCUAGGAGAUCGCAACCAAUCCCCAUCUCCGUUGCUCUCUCCAUCUUCUUCGCACGGACUCGGCACUUCGCCGCCAACAAGCAUCGCGACCUCCUUUAGAGGGCUUGACAUGUCUCCUACUCGGUUUACUACUGCUAGUGCUGCCCAAAGCCCCGUCUCUUCCAGUUUUGGGGGAGAUCUGAAUGUAGAAACCAUGCGACAGGCCUUGAGAAAGACAGCCAGUGAAGACCUGGGCAUCACAAGCCGGGCCGUGAGUACCAUAGGCGAUGACCUGUCAGAUCGUACAUUUUAG